UCAGAAACUGCGCAGAAAUCUACAAGUCCGCAGGUAAACCAACUGACGGUAUGUACACCAUUAAACCUGAUAAUUUGCCUGCUUUUGAUGUAUUUUGUGACCAAGCAACAGCCGGUGGUGGUUGGACAGUGUUCCAGAAAAGACUUAACGGCUCGGUUGAUUUCUACCGCUCCUGGAACGACUACAAACAUGGCUUUGGUGACCUGAAAAGUGAAUUUUGGUUGGGACUGGACAAGAUUCAACGGCUGACCUCAGAUAAUAACAGCAUGCUGCGUGUGGACUUAGAGGACUUUGAAGGGAACACUCGAUAUGCUGAGUAUAACUUGUUUGGUGUUAUGAGUGAGAAAGACAAGUACAAGCUGCUCCUUGGUUCUUAUUCAGGAAAUUCUAGUGACUCUCUUGCUAGGCAACGCGGUUGGCCGUUCACCACUAAAGAUCAAGAUAAUGACAAUGAGGGAGAAUACAACUGCGCCAUUAAGUUCAAAGGAGCCUGGUGGUACGAGCAUUGUCACUACUCAAAUCUCAAUGGUUUAUAUCUUCGUGGCCAGCACUCCUCCUUUGCUGAUGGAGUGAACUGGUUUCACUGGAAAGGAUAUCAUUACUCUCUAAAGAGAACCGAGAUGAAAAUAAGACCAGUGGAUUUUUGAACUGUCAUAAUUAUGGCACAACAAUGAUACAGCACCAACUUUAACAAAAGACACCAGUGUCUCGAUCAAGUCUAUUUAGCAUUUAAUAAUCACUCUUAAAUUGGAGCUUAGCGAAAUGCUGUUCAGGUUUUUCUUGCUUCUUUGUGCGUGUUUUUUAAAAUAGGAAUAGCUGAUUCUGUAAAAUUGGCCAGUUAAUCGAUGAUAAUAAUAAUCAUAAUAGUAAUAAUGACUUGAUCUAUAUAACGGUACAUGCAAAAAGCUCCUUAUCAUAGUUGGAAAUUGACAGUGAAUCAUAAGUAGCUCAGAAAAAAUGCGUCUUCAAUCUUUCUUCAAAAAACAGAAACUGAUAGACUCAGUUUAAGGUUUAUGGGUGAGACAUUCUAUAGCCUGGAGGCAGCGGCUGCAAAGACCCUGUCUCCAUAAAAUAUUAGGUGGGUCUGAGGUAUUCUCAAGAGUUAUGCUCGAAUCUCAAUGGCUUGUAUCAUCAUGGCCAUCACGCCUCCUAUGCUCCUACAAUCUCGGUUAUACAAGUUUUGAUUCUUUAAAUUUUUUACUCGUCUUUCACUUAACGGAACACAAAGCGAUCACACAGCCUUCAUUUUUCAAAGUCAAUAUCAAGAAUAAACCUAGUCGCUGAUUCAGUUCUAGUUCCCUUUGAUUUCUAUAACGAAACUCCAAACAAUUACCCAAUGUUUUGACUCUGAAGAACGCUAUCAGAAAAACAAAUAUUUCAAGUUCUAGUGUACACUGGAAUGCAGUAACGUAAUGUCGAUGAUUCUAAAUUGCUUCAUAUAUUGCUUUUAUUUGUAUUUCCUUAGCUUUUGUUAAAGUAAAUACCUUGCACUGCUAUUGAUAAACAUAUUGCAAUUUAAGUACACAUUGUCACGCCCAAGGUCCAUUUUGUAGAUACGGCUCAUCAGGUGAUUAUGUUACAAAGUGAGUUUGUAGAAAUAACAAAUGUAAGGAUGAGUAGGUGAAACAUGUUUUGUUUUA